AUGUUUUAUGAGCAAAACUAUGAACCAAAAGCUAGCAAUAGCAAGAAACGAGUAAGAGCCAGUCAAGCUUGUGUUCAUUGUAGAAAGAAAAAGAUCAAGUGCGAUGAGAGCAGACCUGAUUGUGGUCAGUGUCAAGAGGCCAAUGUGCUAUGUGAAUAUACCGAGCCAAAAAAGAGAGGGCCUCGCAAAGGCUAUGUUCAGCUAUUAGAAGAACGUCUUGCCCAAAUGGAGCGAAAGCUGAUGGGGCCAGGCGUGCCUAAUUAUACAAACAACAGCAAUCAGCAUCCUCACGCUAGUGAUGAAGAGAAUCGAAGCUUAUCUUCCACGUCCAAUAGGGCUCAUUCGCCUAUCCAUCUGUAUGAAAACCCAGAACAAACUUCCGAUUUACCUCCAUUAGACAUUGUAAAUCACUUGGUCGAUCUGUUUUUCAAGAAUAUCAAUUCUGUAUUUCCGUUUGUACAUAGACAUGUUUUGAAGAAAUCAAUCCAGGAUGGAUCCAUUUCAAGACCGUUGUUAUACAGUGUAUUGGCUAUUGGUGCGAGGUUCUCGGACAAUCCGACCAUCAAGACAAACCCUCCCUACCUGGCUGGAGAACGCUUUGCUGAAAAGGCCUUGUCCCUGGUAGAUGCCGACACACUUCAACCGAAUCUAGAAAAUGUCCAAUUUUGGGGGAUCAUGUCGUGCCUUGAAUACGGUCGUGCAUCUGGCUCAAAAUCAUGGAUUUACGGUGGUUUAGCAGUAAGAUUUUGUCAAGAAUUGGGAUAUUACAAAGAAGAUACCCUGGGCCUUCCUAUUGUUUCCCAGGAUGGAUCUAUUGAUACAGUAGCUAUGGCGCUUAGAAGAAGAGUUUUUUGGAGCUGCUUUUGUCUCGACAAAUUAUCCAGUGCCGGUACUCGUCGUCCCCAAUGUAUAGAUAGGUCUGACUGUGAUUCUAGUCCUCCAAACAUUUCUGAAUGCUUGCUAUUGAGGGACCCAAUGUUUCAUCGUAAUGUGGAUGGUAAAUCACUGCAAGAUGAUUCCUUGAUGAACAUUGCAAAGCACUAUAUGCGAUGUGUCGAAACGUAUGGCGAAGUGAACAAGUUUAUGAAUCGAGCAAAAUCAACCUCUGCUGCUAUCAAUUGGCCUCCUAUUGCUGAAUUUAGAAACUUGGAUGCUCAAUUGCGUGCCUGGAAAGACGGUUUACCUGAUAUCUUUCAAUUCAAUCAGAAAAACUUGGAUCACCAUCGUCAAUUCGCCAGCUAUCACUAUGUCAAUAUAUGGUUAUCCAGUCACGCUGUUUGGUGCUCUAGUAUGAUGAUCUUGCAUCGAGUCAGUUUAGCUUUCAGUGAUGUCAAGCCUACAGAUAUCAUAGAAAAAGACCUGUAUCGUCGUAUACAAAGCAGUAUUGAUGCAUGUCGAUUGUGUGUGCGCGAUGCGAUGGGUAUUUUUGAAGCAAUCAAGGAUCUAUGCGGCUCCAAUACGCUACCUUAUAUGGGCUAUUCUGCAUAUGUGUUUGCCACAGUAUUGAUGACCUCUACCUUUUCUGGGACACCUGAAUUAUGCAAGAAAAGCAGCAGAGCUCUCAAGGUGCUCUACGACCUGAUAGAUGGGCUUCGACCUUACUGGCCAAUGUGUGAGAGGUUAGCAAAUGCCACUCAGGAGCUUUUGGUCGCACAUCAAAAGUUAUACGAACAAGAAGACGUUAAUACAACGUCGUAUUCGUCCUACUCGACGUUUGACUCCACCAAGCAGCAAGAUGUCAAAAUCAAUUACGACAGUAGAUCGCCUGUUACGACAAGAUCACCAAGUUCCCACUCUUCGUCAAGUAUUAGCAUGUCUCCAGUCUCUAUGAAUAACACACAUCAGCCGCCAGCCUUAUCCUCCCUCUUGGGUGCAACCACAAACUCAUCAGAACCUUCCAUCAUCCCACCCUAUCAACAACAGCAACAUAUUCACGACCCUUUCAAAAGUGCUACUAACCAGCAUUAUUUAGUGCCAUCUACACCACCUCCAUCUACUGGGCAACAACAACAGCAACAGCAACGCUAUUUUAAUCAAUCAAGACAACAAGCACAAGAUCAAUCAUCCGCUUUGGCUUUCAAUUGGAAUAGAGGCAAUGAAAUCGAUUUCAAUAGCUUGGAAUUUUUAUAUGAUACAGGGUUAUUUGGACAAGUAGUGUUUGAUGUCAAUAGUGAAUCCGAUGCAGUACCAUCAUCUUUAAACUACCCUACUCAGCAAUCCAUUUAUCAGCCCAUUUUAUCUUCGCAACCUUAUAUCUCUCAACAAGCACCAUUACCACAAACAUCACCACCUCAAAAUAAUACACCUACACCUCCUUCAGCGGUAUCCGCACCGUCCGCUUUUCAACCUAUGAUGACUCAGCAACAACAACAACAACAACAACAACAACAACAACAAAAUUCACCUACUACCUAUAAUCCAUCAAAAUCUUUAUGGAACUAG